AAAUCCCAACUUCCUCCCAUAUUGUGUUAUUGGCGAUGCGCCUGUUCGUCUCCGUAUCUACCCUCUGAGAUCCAGCUCCUCCCCGGAAUCCUAUUCCAUCCCAUCCUAUUCUGGGGAUGAUUUCUCUCUCUUCACCCUCUUUCACACUGCUUAAUCUCACUCACUUGUCAGGGUCUUUCUCGCGAUUUCCGGCUGCAUUCACACUCUUAGACCCCCUCCUUGCUUACCCUUCUCUUUUAUAAGGCCAUUGCACUGGGCCACCUAGGGUUUCUACCCCGUCUUCACCAACUCCCCUAAUCGGAUUGUUACGGUUCUCGAAUUCCAGGAUUUGUGGGUAUAGUUCUACGACUACACUCAAGAUGGGAGGCGUUGAUCGAGAUGAAGACCGAACAUUUGCUGUUAAUUUCUCGGCUAAUGGAGUGGCUAAACUGAGGACAACGGUGAUGGAUAAACUCAAGGAGUUCAUGGGGGAUUAUACUGACGAUACUUUAGUGGAAUAUGUUGUUGUCUUGCUAAAAAAUGGGAGGCGCAAAGAAGAGGCCCGAAAUGAGUUGAACGUCUUUCUUGGUGAAGACAGUGAUUCUUUUGUUACAUGGUUGUGGGACCAUUUGCAAUCAAAUGUUGAGCAGUAUGUGCAACCUCAAGUUUCUCUUCCAGAUUCUUCUGCCAAAACAGAACCCAUUAAUUGGGAGCAAGGUGGUAGAAAUGAUUUUCGGCAUGUGCAUGACAAUGAUAAAGUCGUGUCUGAAAAGUUAUCUAGAAGAAAGCAUACCAGAGAAUGGAAAGAUCCAGUCAAGAAGGUAGAUGAACCUCAUCCUCUCCGAAGUUCUGUCAUUGAGAGAGUUCAUGAGGAGACAACUCAAUUCCGUGAUACUCAUGCGAAGCGUUCAGUUUCACCUAGACCUGCCACUCAAAAGAAGAGAAACCGGCCAGAUGAGAAGAUCGAAACAAAGCGAGAACGGACAGUUACUGAUGCCCCUAGAAGGCUGCUGCAGUUUGCAGUGAGGGAUGCAGUCACCACUCCAAGGUCAUCCCAACCUUCUGCAGAACCUGUGCUGAAGCGUUUACGUUCUGUAGUUUCCGCAUCAGCUGGUGACUCAACACAUGAGGUGAGUCCUCGUAAGACACGAGUAGUAGGCGCAGGUUCGAAUGUUAUGGCUAUUAAAGCUGUAGAAGAAGCUGCGAAGGAUGUUAUAAAAAAAAGAAGUUCGGGAAAUGUCUUUGAUAGACUUGGUCGUAGUACCGAUAUACCACAACAGCAUAAUCAAAUUCAAGAUUAUAAGAAAUCUGUUGUAGGGAUCGAGGGUGACUCUUAUCUCCUGAGAAAUAGACAUAAUGGAGAAUCUGUGGAGAAUACUAUGCUGGAAAGUGAUACUGCUAUGGCUUAUUACGAGUCUAAAUACUAUGAUGGGUUUAAUAAUGUAAAUGAUUCCCCUCAAACUGGUAUAUAUGCUGAAAAAGAGGAUGGCUCUCUGGGGGUACAGUACAGUAUUACUAGGAAUGCUGAUGGAGUUUUGAUGAAACCGCGUAAAAUUCAAGACCAACCUGCUCCUGUAGCUAGUGCAUUGACAAAUACAUCUGUGAAUUUGAACACGUGGGAACAAACGCACUAUGCACAACAAAACCUUGGGUUGGACAUGGACAAUAAGAAACCUGCACCAAGAGGUGGCGUCUAUGUUAGUAAGUCUGCUGACAAGCUGAAGGACAACAAUGCUAGCCUUAUAGCAGCUGGCAAUGGAAAUGUGAAACCUGUUGCUGCAAUAACUCAGAAAGUGUCUCAAAAACCACCAACAACUGCUAGCCCUGGUAUUUACGCUGCUGGACGCCCCACAGAAGAUGCUGAUUCUAGAACUGUUUUUGUCAGCAAUGUUCAUUUUGCUGCCACUAAGGAUGCACUAUCAAGGCACUUUAACAAGUUUGGUGAAGUUCUCAAGGUCAUAAUUGUGACUGAUGCAGCGACAGGGCAACCAAAAGGUUCAGCCUAUGUAGAAUUCAUGAGGAAGGAAUCUGCUGAGAAUGCUCUAUCCUUGGAUGGUACUUCAUUUAUGUCUCGUAUCCUCAAGAUUGUUAGGAAGGGGGGCUUGGGACAGCAAGAAGCUUCACCAAUGAUGAGUUGGGCUAGUGCACGCGGUGGUGGGUCAUCAUCAUCAGCAGCAUUUGGUGGAUCGAGAUUCCUGCCUAGAGGAGGGGCUGGUGCUUUUCAAAGAGGAGGAAGCAGUUCUUACAACAGAAGUUGGACCCCAGUUAAAGCAGGUGCCAGGAGCAUGCAGUGGAAGCGUGAUGACUCUACUACUACUACUACUAGCAAUGACAAUAAUACUUCCUCGGUGGCGACUCAUAUUGGCCGCAGUCUUACUUAUGUGCGCAAUACUACUGAUCAGGCAGAAGGGAACAACCACCCUUCGACUACAGCUACUACUACUACCUGAUGCAAAAAGGAGGAGGAAACGCUGUGAGAGUCACAAGCUGCUCCCAUGAGAAGUCCAUGUGAAGAAGAAAGAAAGAUUAUGAUUAUCAGUCAGGGCAGCAGUUGGUGCAGAUAUGUGAAACCUAAUUCUAGUUUUUGCAUAUCCUAUCCUUCUUUAAUUACUACUACAACUUACAUAUAAAAAAAAUAAAAAAAAAAAGAUAAGAAAAGAGCCGGUGGUUAUGUCUGUCUGUCUUACGGUAGAUCGGUGUCAAAAGUAUUUUUACUAUUUUCGGGGAUUUUUUAUUUUCAUUUUGUGUUCUACUGCUCUCUUAUUAUUAAUUACUUAAGAUGAGGGAUCAACUUGCGAUUAUGACAUUGGAUCUUAGAUUAGAUUUUUGGAAGAAAGAAACAACUUUCUAUGACUUAGCCGGGUGGGGUAAUGGCUCAAACAUCUUUAUCGCUUUCAAUUCAUAUUAAACCUUUUCAAAGGCCAUAAAAAUGAGAUUUAAGUAGUUUUAUUU